AUGGUUCAGGAUGACCCAGUCCGCCUACCUGGAGCCCUGUACGGAGCUAAGUGUGGUAUAUCAGACCCGGAGAAUAAACCCAGUUCUCUACACUUUCUCCUGACUACAUUAUACAACCAUAACCUGGUUCAAGCCUGGGUUCAACACGGACAUGACGGGCUACCUGCACAGGCGGGCUUCCCAACACACUUGUGUCUAGAGGUUUACAAUUCCUGGUUUCAGGAUGUCCACAAAAGUUUUACGGAAGAGCUUAACAGGGUGAGUAUUGAGGGGGGUACGGCGGAUCUACUAAUAGUAAUUGGAGAUAUACCUGAGGGACCAUUGUCUGAUAAACUCACGCAGACCCCACUAGAUGGUGCUGGAGUUGGUAGACAAUAUGAGGAUGGGGGAAGGUUGGGAGUUGUUCUCCUCAACUCCCAACCAAUAGAGUCCUGUCUAGGACGGUCGACUUUAAUCUUAUACUCCGAUCCUGUGAAGAUACUGCGAAAUGUAUUGCUGAGCAUGAAUAUAGAUAUAAUAUCUGAGGUGCCUAGAAUACUACCUUGUAAACACCUAGAUAAAGCGAUUGUUCCUUACAAUCACGCCGGGAGAAGAUCUCAAACCGAGAAUAUACUUCUAAACUUUCAGGUCGGAGAACGAAUACGUCUUUCAUCAGAUCAUGAUCAUUCCUUGAACCCCGGAUACAGUUUCCUCCGUCCUCUCUCUGUUCAGGAGAGGGCAAGGUUGCAUAGCUCCGGUCCUAAGGUUGGGUCUGUAAUAAAGUUCUUACCGGAUAAAUGUUCUCACGAGGUGCGUAUCCUUGGCAUCCCAAUGCUUAUCGGGUCCUGGUGGCUCGAGGCAGCAUCUAGAGGACUGCCUGCAACAAUACCAAUAGUCAACUGUGAUCAUAACUACCACCAUGGAGUUUGCUCACAUUAA